AUGAUGAGGGGAAGAAGAGUGGUGAAGGGUUGUAUUGAGCAAUGGAGGGCUAAUACAGUGUGUCUUCAAGAAACAAAGUUACAAGGGAACUUGCAAGAGAUAGUGAAACAAUUAUGGGGAAGGAGAGGGGUUAAUUUCGCUUGUUUAGAAGCUAGUGUGAAGUUUUCAAUACUAAUCAAUGGUGCACCUGAAGGCUUCUUUGCAUCCCAAAGAGGUAUAAGACAAGGAGACCCUUUGUCCCCUUUCUCGUUUAUCUUUGCCAUGGAAGGUCUUAAUAAUAUGAUCAAGACUGCAAAAGACAGUUUGCAUAUUAAUGGGAGGAAGAGCCAUGUGUACCCUAUUAAUCUAGUUCCAAAUAUUGAUCUUCUUGCCUCAAUCUUGGAAGGUGGAGUGGGAGCCUUGCCAUCUAUAUACUUAGGUAUGCCUCUGAAGGCUAAAUCAAAAUCAAAUGAGAUAUGGGACUCGGUUUUGGAGAAAUGUAAAAAGAAGCUUUCUAGAUGGAAAGCCCAGUACUUGUUUAUUGGGAGUAGACUUACCUUGGUUAAUGCAGUUCUUGAUGCCCUUCCAACUUAUAUGCUUACUUUAUUUCCAAUCCCUACAGACGUGGUACAGAGGCUAGAAAAGAUUAAGAUAAGAUUAAGAGAUGCUUUUUCUGGAAAGGAAACAAAACCAGAAAGGGUUAUCACCUAG